AAAACCCAUCUCCAGUUUUUGUAGUUGAUCUCUCUUUCUCUAACAGGAAUCAACAAUGGGUGGUGCUCACAGUCGGGAAGAUCUCGACAUCCCAGACUCAGACGAAGAAGAAUACCAGGAAGAAGAAGAAACGUAUGAAGACUCCAAGGACGAGACUCCUGACAGGUCGUCAUCUGGUCGCAAAACCAAAACCCCAUCUUCUGUCGACGAAGUAGAGGCCAGGCUUAAAGCCCUUAAGCUCAAAUACCCGUCAACCAACGCAGCAAACCCUUCUCUGAAAAAUACCGUCAAGCUCUAUCUAUUCAUCGGCGGGAACACCCCCAAGGCCAAGUGGAUCACCUCCGAGAAGCUUGCUUCUUAUUCCUUCAUCAAGACCUCCAACAUCAACGGCUCCAACGAGGAGGAAGAUGGCGAUGAUAGUGAAAAUGAGGACGAAGAUGGAGAGUGUUGGUGGGUCUUAAAGGUUAGUACUAAGGUCAGAGUGAAAGUUGGUCUGGAGAUGGGUUUGAAGACCUUUCCAGAUCAACUUCGCGUUGAUUUUGUGGCGCAAGGCGUCUGGGCUAUGAAGUUUUUCAGCGAUGAGGAUUUUAGAGGUUUUGUUACCAAGUAUAGUGAAAGUUUGUUUGAGAAUACUUAUGGAAUGGAGUCCAAUGAAGCUAACAAGAUGAAGGUUUAUGGAAAGGAUUUCAUUGGGUGGGCUAAUCCUGAUGCAGCUGAUGAUUCAAUGUGGGAGGAUGCAGAGGAUAGUUUACAGAAAAGCCCACAAUCUGCAACCCCGGUGAGGGCAAACCAGGACUUGAGAGAAGAGUUUGAGGAGGCAGCUAAUGGAGGGAUACAAAGCUUGGCACUGGGUGCAAUGGAUAACAGUUUCUUGGUUGGCAAUUCUGGUAUACAAGUUGUCAAGAAUUUUGCUCAUGGGAUUCACGGAAAAGGUGUUUUUGUUAAUUUUGAUGGUGGGAACCAUAGAAGCAGUUCUAGUUUGGUGCAUUCAACACCAAAGAAGGCACUUCUUAUGAGGGCUGAGACUAAUAUGCUUCUCAUGAGUCCUAUGAGUGAGGGAAAGCCUCAUACAACAGGGCUGCAUCAGCUUGAUAUUGAAACUGGGAAGAUUGUCACUGAGUGGAAGUUUGGGAAGGAUGGGGUUGAUAUUACGAUGAGGGAUAUUGUAAAUGAUAGCAAAGGAGCACAGUUGGAUCCAUCUGGAUCAACAUUCUUAGGAUUGGAUGAUAAUAGGCUUUGCAGGUGGGAUAUGCGUGACAGAAAAGGAAUGGUUCAGAAUCUUGCAAGCGCUAACACCCCUGUUCUAAAUUGGACACAGGGGCAUCAGUUUUCAAGAGGCACUAACUUCCAGUGCUUUGCAACCACUGGGGAUGGUUCAAUUGUUGUUGGGUCUAUUGAUGGGAAGAUCAGGUUGUACUCAAGCAGUUCUAUGAGACAAGCAAAAACAGCUUUUCCUGGUCUUGGUUCGCCCAUCACUCACGUGGAUGUUACCUUUGAUGGGAAGUGGAUAUUGGCUACAACUGAUACCUAUUUGAUUCUUAUCUGCUCCCUUUUCACCGAUAAGGAUGGCAAGACAAAGACAGGUUUUAGUGGUCGUAUGGGGAACAGGAUUGCAGCUCCAAGAUUAUUGAAACUGACUCCUCUGGAUUCACAUUUGGCUGGGAUUGACAACAAGUUCCGUAAUGCUCAGUUUUCAUGGGUCACGGAGCACGGGAAGCAAGAGCGCCAUCUGGUUGCAACUGUUGGCAAGUUCAGCGUGAUAUGGAACUUCCAGCAGGUUAAAGACGGGUCUCAUGAAUGUUAUCGAAAUCAGCAGGGCCUGAAGAGCUGCUACUGUUACAAGAUAGUCUUGAGGGAUGACUCCAUUGUUGAUAGUCGCUUCAUGCAUGACAAGUUUGCAGUCACUGAGUCCCCUGAAGCCCCAUUGGUUAUUGCAACCCCAAUGAAAGUUAGUUCAUUCAGCAUAUCUAGCAGGCGAUGACAUGCCGGGAAAUCAACCUUCCUUUGUCCACUUUCACGUGUGAUUGAAGCCGCUAAUGCUUUCUUCAAAUGUACGAUUUGUACUACUUUAGUUAGUGUGUUGGCAAGUAUUUCCCUGGAAUACUGUUUCCUAAUUGUGCUAAAUACUGAUUUCUGUUUGCUAGAAGAUGAUUAAUAUUGUUGGCUUAGUACUUUGAUGGAGCAGGAAUUGCUUCUUGUAUCAGUAAAUUUAGACCUUUAAU